UAUGACCUGGUGAUAUACCAAAGGAUGCACACAGGAGAGAAACUGCAUGACUGCCCAGAUUGUGGUAAAGGCUUUAUUCAAAAAUCCCAUCUAGUGAAUCACCAAAGGAUUCACACAGGAGAGAAACCUUAUGAGUGUCCAGAUUGUGGUAAACGUUUCAGACAGAAAUCCCAUCUAGGGAAUCAUCUGAGGACUCACACAGGAGAGAAAUUAUUUGAAUGUUCUGAUUGUGGGAAACGUUUCAGUCACAAUUCAAGCCUGGUCAUUCACCAGAGGUCUCACACAGGAGAGAAACCAUUUGAAUGUCCUAUUUGUGGGAAAGGUUUCAGUCGAUAUGGCAGCCUGGUGAACCACCAGAGGACUCACACAGGAGAGAAACCAUUUGAAUGUUCUGAUUGUGGGAAAAGCUUCAGUCACAAUUCCAGCCUUGGGAAACACCAAAUGACUCACAAAGGAGAGAAACCCUUUGAGUGUCCUGAUUGUGGGAAAAGUUACAGUCACAAUUCCAGCCUGGUGAUACACCAGAGGACUCACAAGGAAGACAAACCCUUUGGAUGUCCUGAUUGUGCGAAAAGUUUCAGUCACAAUUCCGGCCUGGUGAAACACCGAAGGAUUCACACAGGUGAGAAAUCCUUUGAAUGUGUUGAUUGUGGGAAAUGUUUUAGUCUCAAUUCCAACCUGGUGAUACACCAGAGGACUCACACAAGAGAGAAACCCUUUGAAUGUCCUGAUUGUGCGAAAAGUUUCAGUCUGAAUUCCUACUUGGUGAAACACCAGAGAACUCAUACAGGAGAAAAACCUUUUCAGUGUGGUGAUUGUGGGAAAUAUUUCAGUCUCAAUUCUAGCCUGGUAACACACCAGAGGACUCACACAGGAGAAAAACCUUUUGAAUGUCCUAUUUGUGGGAAAAGUUUCAGCCAGUACUGCAGCUUGCUGAUACACCAGAGGACUCACACAGGAGAGAAACCCUUUGAAUGUCUUGUUUGUGAGAAACGCUUUAGUCAGAAUUCCAACCUGGUGAAACACCAGAGGACUCACACAGGACAGAAACCCUUUGAAUGUCCUGAUUGUGGGAAAUGUUUCAGUCAGAAUUCUGACCUGGUAAAACACCAGAGGACUCACUCAGGGGAGAAACCAUUUGAAUGUCCUGUUUGUGGGAAAGGUUUUAGUCAGAAUUCCAACCUGGUGAUACACCAGAGGACUCACACAGGAGAGAAACCCUUUGUAUGUCCUGAUUGUGGGAAAAGUUUCAUUAAAAAUGUCCACCUCGCGAGACACCAGACGACUCACAUAGGAGAGAAACUUUUGAAAUGUCCUGUCUGUGACCAAUGCUUCAGGCAUAAAUCGUCCCUUAUUGCCCACAAGGAAAUCCACUUGAGUCAAAAGUUGAUGAGUUUAGAGAACAAAAUGUUUAACAUGAUUAACAUUGGAUUCACAAACACUCUGAAUGUGGGAAAAGCUUUGAUCAAAACAGCCCCCUUGUGCUUGAUGGAAGGACUCAUACAGGAAUGGAGCUUUAACAUGCAUGUCAACUUGGUGAAACACCAGAUAAUUUAUAUUGGGCAGAAAUCACAUAAGUAUCUAAAUUGUGGGGAAAGUUUCAGUCAGAAUUCCCACCAGAGGACUCACAUAUAUGACCUGGUGAUACGCCAAAUGAUGCACACAGGAGAGAAGUUGCAUGACUGCCCAGAUUGUGGGAAAAGUUUUAUUCAAAAAUCCCAUUUAGUGAAUCACCAAAGGAUUCACACAGGAGAGAAACCUUAUGAGUGUCCAGAUUGUGGUAAAUGUUUCAGUCAAAAAUCCCAUUUAGGGAAUCAUCUGAGGACUCACACAGGACAGAAAUCAUUUGCAUGUCCUGAUUGUGGAAAAAGUUUCAAUAGAAAAUUCCACCUCACGAGACACCUAAGGUCACACACAGGAGACAAACCCUUUGAAUGUCAUGACUGUGGGAAAGGUUUCAGUCACAAUUCCAGCCUCAUGAAACAUCUGAGCACUCACACAGGAGAAAAACCCUUUGAAUGUCCUGAUUGUGGGAAAAGUUUCAGUCAGAAUUAUGACCUCGUAAUGCACCAGAGAACUCACACAGGAGAGAAACUGCACCAGUGCCCAGAUUGUGGGAAAUGUUUCAUUUAUCAAUCCCAUCUAGUGAGUCAUCAGAGGACUCACACAGGAGAGAAACCGUAUGAGUGUCUGGUUUGUGGGAAAAGCUUCAGUCAGAAUUCCCACCUGGUGAAUCACCAGAGGACUCACACAGGAGAGAAACCCUAUGAGUGUCCUGAUUGUGGGAAACGUUUCAGUCACAAAUCUCAUCUAGUGAAUCACCAGAGGACUCAUACAGGAGAGAAACCCUUUGAAUGUCCUGAUUGUGGCAAAAGUUUCACUCAGAAUUCCAACCUGGUGAACCACCAGAGGAUUCACACAGGAGAGAAACCCUAUGAGUGUCCUGAUUGUGGGAAACGUUUCAGUCACAGUUCCAGCCUGGUCAUACACCAGAGGGCUCACACAGGAGAGAAACCUUUUGAAUGUCCUAUUUGUGGAAAAGGUUUCAGUAGGUACGGCAGCCUGGUGAACCACCAAAGGACUCACACAGGAGAGAAACCCUUUGAAUGUCCUGAUUGUGGGAAAAGCUUCAGUCACAAUUCCAGCCUGGGGAAACACCAAAGGAUUCACAAAGGAGAAAAACCGUAUCAAUGCCCUGAUUGUGGAAAAGGUUUCAGUCACAAUUCUAGCCUGGUGAUACACCGGAGAACUCACACAGGAGAGAAACCCUUUGAAUGUCCUGAUUGUUGGAAAAGUUUCAGUCACAAUUCCAGCCUGGUGAUACACCAGACAACUCAUAGAGGAGAGAAGCCUUUUGAAUGUCCUGAUUGUGCAAAAAGUUUCAGCCACAAUUCCAGCCUGCUGAAACAUCAGACAACUCACAAAGAAGACAAACCCUUUGGAUGUCCCGAUUGUGCAAAAAGUUUCAGUCAGAAUUCUAGCCUUGUGAAACACCAAAGGAUUCACACAGGAGAAAAAUCCUUUGAAUGUGUUGAUUGUGGGAAACGUUUUAGUCUCAAUUCCAGCCUGGUAAUACACCAGAGGACUCACACAGGAGAGAAACCCUUUGAGUGUCCUGAUUGUACGAAAAGUUUCAGUCAGAAUUCCUGCCUGGUGAAACAUCAGAGGAGCCAUACAGGAGAAAAACCUUUUCAAUGUGUUGAUUGUGGAAAAUGUUUCAGUCUCAAUUCCAGCCUGGUAAUACACCAGAGGACUCACACAGGAGAGAAACCUUUUGAAUGUCCUAUUUGUGGGAAAAGUUUCAGUCAGUACUGUAGCUUGAUGAUACACCAGAGGACUCACACAGGAGAGAAACCCUUUGAAUGUCUUGUUUGUGGGAAAUGUUUUAGUCAGAAUUCCAACCUGGUGAAACACCAGAGGACUCACUCAGGAGAGAAACCCUUUGAAUGUACUGAUUGCGGAAAACGUUUUGGUGUGAAUUCUAGCCUGGUGAUGCACCAAAGGACUCACUCAGGAGAGAAGCCAUUUGAAUGUCCUGUUUGUGGGAAAGGUUUUAGUCAAAAUUCCAACCUGGUGAUACACCAGAGGACUCACACAGGAGAGAAACCCUUUGAGUGUCCUGAUUGUGGGAAAAGUUUCAUUAAAAAUUUCCACCUCGUGAGACACCAGACAACUCACACAGGAGAGAAACUUUUCAAAUGUCCCCUCUGUGACCAAUGCUUCAGGCAUAAAUCGUCCCUUAUUGCCCACAAGGAAAUCCACUUGAAUCAAAAGUUGAUGAGUUUAGAAAAGGCUUGAAUUUCAUUUCUGAACUCUUAUUAGGAGUGUAGGUCAGGAAUGUACUAUUUAAAUUCUUGCCUGAUGCUUUUUAAAGAAAUACUUGUAGGUGGAUAGAAAAAUAUCUUAGUCUGGUAAAGUCUAACUACUUGUUUCUGAUUAUCAGCAGCAAUUUCUGGAUAUUUCCUUUGCAGAAGUUGUGGAAUUCCUCAAAAAGGUUUUUGGGUGAUGCUUUUUGUAUAUUGAUCAUUGAGUUCCAUCUUCUACUUUGGUGUCCUCCAGAAUUUUAGCCCCAUAAUACCCCAGUCACCAUAGAAGUAUUUCUCAAUAUACAACUGUAAUGUGCCAUGGUGGUGUAAUGGUUAGAGUGCAAUACUGCAAACGACUACUGGUGACUGCCAGCUGCUUGCAAUUUGGCAAUUUGAAUCU